AUGGGAGAUGAAAACAUUGUGAAAAAGAAACAAGAUCAGAAAAAUACAAAACGUGUACCGAAUAAAAAGUAUGCCCUUAAAAAGCGAUUGCCAGCGAGGCCGGUUGACGGUGAUAAUGUAAUUUAUGUAACCAAGAGAACACAUUUUAAGGCACAACUUGAUAAAUGUUGCGAUCUCCUUGCUAGAGGCGAAAAGGAAAUCAUUCUACAUGGACUAGGGGCUGCAAUACAAAGAUGUUGCAACCUUGCUCUGCAACUUGAGAUAUUAUUUGCUGGAACUUGUCAAAUUGAAGUGAAUACUGGGACUGUGGAUUUGGUCGAUGACCUGGAGCCGCUGACAGAUGAUGUAGAUUUCGGCGCGCAGGUUAGGCACUCAUCAUCUAUUCAUAUCCGAAUAUUCAGGACGGCAUUGCUUAGUGCCAACCAG